AAUCCCCCAAUCCGCAUCGACUGGUAGCUGAAACUCCAAAAAGCCGCCACCCCCUACCUCCUGCGUUCGUCUUCCUGUCAGUCCGGCAGUGUCAUCCAAGAUCUAGCUAGCUCAAGAGCCAGUCCAAGAUCCAGACAGGUCUCAGCCAGCCAUGUGCUGCAGCGAGUCCGGCUGCUACGACGCAUUCUGCGACCGCUGCUGCCCCUGCGUCUCCUCCGGCGCGCGCGACACCAUCCUCUGCUGCGCGUGCUGCCUCGCCGUCCUCGCCGGCGUCGUCCUCCUCCUCGUCCUCCUCUUGGCCUACUGCUUCAUCCGCCACGCCGAGGUCGCCGUCGUCGACGCCUCCCUCACGCGCCUCGCGCUGGCCACGUCCCCCGCCACCGCCUUCGCCUACAACCUCUCGCUCACGCUCACCGUCCGGAACAAGAACUGGGCCAUGAGCGUCAAGAACACCCAGCCGCUGGAGGCCGACUACAGCUUCGACGGCCAGCGCUUCGAGCGGGUCAGGCUCGCCGACGAGGGCUCCACGCACCCCGCCCGCAAGACCCAGGUGCACCACCUCGUCUCCGGCGCGUACAGCGCCUACGUCGCGCUCGGCAACGCCGGCGUGGCCGAGUUCAAGGAGGAGAACAAGACGGGGGUGUUCCAGGUGGAGGUGGCGCUGUCGGGCGAGGUCAGGUACCAGGCGCACUUCACCAAGUGCAAGUUCCAGGCCAAAUGCCCGCUCAAGCUGCAGCUCGCGCCGCCCGGCACGCCGGCCGUCGUGUUCCAGAAGGUCAAGUGCAAGCUCGCUCCGGCGAGCAGGUGGGCCCCGAAAACGCUGACGUGGCAUGACGGACAGGCAAACGGCGCCGUUAGGAACAAAACGCUCAAGACGCCGCGCCGGUCGGUCCUGUCGGUGCUCGCCAGACAGAUCCCCCGCGCCCUCUCUCUCUCUCUCUUGCCCCUCUCCUCUGUCUCCUCUCUCUGGCUCUGGUCGCCGUCGGUGAGAAGCCAGCUCGCCGCCGUCCGCCAUGGUUUCGUGGAGCGACGACAGCGAGGAAUCGGGCUACGAGUACUCUUCAGGCGGCUCCCCUAUCAAGAUCCCGGCUACAAUCGAGGACCCGAACUACUCUGGUGUUGACGAUGAGAUGAUGGUGAUGGCCAGCCGGCAAAGAGGCAUGUUUGCUUCUCAGGGAUUAGCACUGGGAGGAGGUUCCUCGCCUGUGGACUUGAUGAAGCAAGCAGCUGUGGUGUUGUUCAGUGGGUAUAUGAGGAGUGGCCAGAGCAUCUGCAGAAUGCUCUUCACAAACUAUGGCUUUUGUAUGAGGAUUGCCAGCGUGCUAAUAGGAUGGCAUGUCUGGAACAUUCAUCACUUGUCCACAAUCUCACAUCACAGAAGAACAAGCUACAUGAGACUUAUGAGAAGCUUGUUGAGGAUGUGAACAACCUACUUGAUACCCAGGACAAUAUUCCCAAGGAAAAUGAAGUCCAACAAGGUGAACAUGAGGAGAUCACUCCUCCUUUGGACUACAAUAUUUCAGCUUUGAAGGAACAGCUGGGUGCAAUGGAUGCUGAGAACAAAGAACUGAAGCAAAAGGUUGACCAGUUGAGGAGCAUUCAGGUUGCCCAAGGUAAUGUGAUUAGGAAUCUGAAGUUUGCUCAUUUGAAGGAGAAGGAAAAGUUGAGCAUUGAGAGGAGGAAUUUGGAGUUUCACAUUGCUGAUCUUGUCAAAGCUAGUGACAAGAACAAGAGAAAGCUGAAGGACAUCAAGGAUAUUUGUGAUGAAGAGUGAUUUGUAAUCUGACCAUGUGGGUCAUUAUCUUAAGUUUCAAGCAUUGAACUAUGGCUUGUAAUGUGUGAACUAGUGGCAGUUUGCAGUAUUUGAAGUAGGGUGUAGCCUUGAACUAUGUCUUGUAAGCUUUGAACUAUGGUGUCAUGAUGUUAACUAUGUUGUUGACUA